GCCAGGCCUCAGACUAUAUAAGUUGGACGGAGGAGAUCAACUGUCAGCACCAUAAACCAGAUUAAACUCAGAUUUUUAAAAAUUUUUAUAACUCAAGCGUGUCGGCGGAAAAUGUCCACUGGAAGAAUCACACCACGUAAUGUAGAGGGCGGUCGCGGUUCAAUGGAGCGGUGACAGGCUCGUGACGCAGGGUGGGCUGGAGAACUGGUGACGUCAUGGCGACCACCAGAUCCACCAGUUGUCCAGCGCCCCCUGGGGUGGACGAGAAAAUCGCCGUGAUACGCCCGUCACCAGGGACGGGCGUCAUGGCGAUUUUCGUCUUCCGGCCGCCCCGGAGGGGAAAAAAAGAAUUCAAUAAAAGCGAUCAAUUCAGCGGAUUUUAAAUCACGACAACGAUAUUUGACAUCACUACAACGCAAUAUAAAUCGUCUUGAAAAGAUAAACAAUUUGGUCGAGUUUGGAUCAUAAUCUUACAGACGAAAAAUCAUGGACGACGCUAAUUUUAGCGGUCGCCAUGACAAUAUGGACAACUCUGAGUCAGCAGUAGACUCGGUCACCAAGUUAAAAGAGUAUUUGAUCUCUGCAAUCAGAGAAUGGUCUCGAAUCUUGGUCGGGAAGGAUAAAAGCCGUGAAAACAUCUGGCUACCAGCACAAGCUCCGAAGUGGUGGCUCCACACAUACCCGCCGUGGAGAAACCCCACAGGCAAGAAGAAAGACACUUUAGAAGAACUAAAGAUCAAGUACAACAUCCUACAGGGGAAGCUGCUCGAUGAAGGAAGAUUCCCAAAACAGUGGGAAGAACAGACAGAUUUGUAUCAAAGUGGACGUUACCAGGAUUUAUUUUUGUUGACGAGGUUAAUAAAAGUAGCUGAAGAAUUGAGAGAGAAAGAACAAGAAUUAAAAAAAAUAGUCGCAGAAACAUUUAACAUUUCUAAUUUUUCGGCAGCAUCAGUCGUGGAGUGUCUUGUGAAAAGUGGCGUUUCAAUUCAAAGCGAAGUUAAGAAAUUACAAGAAAAGUUAGGCAGAAACUUUCCUUUAGACAGUAAAAGUGAUAAUCUUUCUGUGGAAAAUUAUAACAAUAAUUCUCCGACUGUUGUGAAUUGUGGACAAAAGAAAAUAGGAACAGUACUUCUAUGCAGUAAAACUAUUGAUACAAAUAAAAUUUAUUUCUCACCACCAUUUUGCAUACAUACUACACCAACAUUAUAUCAACACUCACCACACACAACAACCACAUCACAGACACACUGCCCACAAACUACAAACACACCACAACAACAAUACCUACGGACUACAAACACAGUAGUGCGCCAUUCUCCAACUACUUCAAUUAUAAAGAAUCAAUCUUUGCACAAAACAACCACUAUACAGCAACACUCUACAGUCACUUUAACCACACAACAACAGCAAUCCCCACACACUACAACAACACUACAAAAAACAACACCCACACUACCUACACAUUCAAAACUGUCACUAAAGAGAACAGCAACAGAAUGCGACACAGACAUUUUCCCAAAAUUUCCAAAAGUAAAUUCCCAAACUUUACAAAAUAAAAAUCCAGAAAAUAGCAUUAAUUUGCUUGCAUCUAAAAUUACAAGAGCAGAUUUAUCUUUAGAUAUCUCAGAAACUGAUGAAGAUAAAACAACAGAUGACACAAGUGGUGCCAAUUGCGAAAAUCUUUUGACCGUGUCCCCCGACGAAGGCUUCAGUUCUGAAGGUUUUAUGUCCGAUUUAGACAGUUCUCCUGAGAUCGAUCAUAAAAAUACUCAACUGGACGUGAACAACGAUCACCAAGACACACCAGAACAAGAAGAUUUAGAUUCAGAAGAUGAAAAUUUUGAUUUAUUCAAGUAUGUACUUAAAUAAGUGAAAGCAAUGUUCAUUUUAAACUGAACACAAUUAUUAUACUAAGUCAACACAAUUUUAUUUUUCUAAAAAAACAAACAAUAGUUUUUGAGUAAGCAUUGAGACUGUUGUCGUAAGCUAGUAGGCUUUAACCCUUCCUGUGCCAUGACAAAGAGACUAGUAUUAGUACUGAUGAUAUUUAAAAAAAAAUCUAUAUGUAGAUAUCGUAAUAGAUUUAUGUGACUAUAAAUGUAGGUGAUUUUAAAAUUAAAUGCAUUCAAUAUUGUUUUGACGUUUUUAACACUUAUUUAGACAUAAGUGGUGACUAAAAUUUUAAAGUGUACUUUGUCAUUUUAAUUAUUUACAUCGUUUUGAAUUUAAUUUUGAAUUUAAUUAUAGAUUAAUCAUUAUUGGUCAGAUGUUUUUAUUUAAUAGAAAUACAUUUCUAAUUUAUACUAAAUUCAAUUUUACUAAAGAACAAAAAUAUAUCAUUCCUUAAAUAAUUUUUUUUCCAAAGUCUAAAUUCAUAUUAGUUCAGGAUAUAUUCACUAAACCAGAUAGGUCAACGGUCAAAAGCUUUCUACAGAAACAACAUAAAUCUCACAUAUCUCUGUUUUAUAUUUGUUAUUGAUAUUUUUUUUACAUGUAAUAAAAGAUAAAUAAUA